AUGAUUGGAGACAGUCCAUUUGAAUUAAAUAUUGAUAAGUUAAGUAUAGAAAAAGUAUGCAAUAACCAUAAGAAUAAGAAUAAGAAUAAUCCUAAAGAGUUUCUAUUAAAUUGGAUUUCUUGUAUAAACACAAGUAUUACCAUUUCAACAGAUAUGACUUCUAAUGAUUACAAGGAUAGUAUACUAGAAUUAGCAAAAUUAUGCAUAUAUAAAGAAAUAAUAAGUAAUAACGAACCUAUCAGCGACACAGUACAUAAAUUACUCAUAGAUGAGAAUAAUUCAGAAGAAUUCAAGGAUUUAAUUAGUAAGAAAGUGUACAAUUUAUAUUUAAAAUUAGAAAAUAUUCAUUCUGUACACGUGGAUAUACAAGAAUAUUUCAAAAGGCAUAUUUCAGCAGAGUAUAUAAAUAUGUACAUAAAUUAUAUACAGGAUAAUUCAGAAAUUAAUCAGGAAAUUAAUACGGAUUUACAAGAUAUAAGUACGUAUUAUUUAAUGAACAUAGAAGAGAGUGCAUACGAACUAUCAGAUUUAUACACAAAAACAGAGAACAACAAGGUUUUAAUAGAGUUUAGUACAGAAUAUAUCAUAAAAAACCUAUCCAGUAUAAGGGAAGCAUCCAAUUAUAUAAGAAAAGCAGAAUCAGAAGGUGUAGAUAUAAUUACAAUUAAUAAUAACUUAUUAUCUAUUAUACCAAAAGAGUAUUUAAAAUUACUAAGCACUAUAACAAUCAAUAAUACAUCUAUUUAUGAAGAAAGAAAAUUAAGUUCAUUCAUUCACAAUACAAUGGAGAAGAUCUUGAACAUGGAAGAGUUAACUGAUCCAGAACAGAAAUUAUCAAAAGUAGAUAAUUUACAAUAUAAUAUGAGAAAUAUAGCAGAUAAUUUUUAUAUAUCCCUAUCUAAUAUUGUAAAUGAUUCAAAUCCUUCUAUUGUACAAGAUGUAAUAGAAUUAGUCAAUACGUACUCAAAUGAUCAAAUAAGUGAAUUUAACAAAUCCAUUCAAGAUAUAAAUGAAAGAACUGGGAUACUCAUUAAAAAUAAAAAUCAGAAGAGAGAAGAAUUAAUUAAGAUCGAAUCAGGUGUAGAGUAUAAUAUACAAAAUACUACUAAAUUAAAUGAGAUUAAUGAAAUUAAUUCAAAAAUAUCUAAAUUAAAUGAUUUAAAGGACAUAAUAAGCAUAUGUAAAUCAAACUGGGAAUCAGAAAUAAGUAUAUUAAAUAAGGAACUAUCUGGGUUUAAAACAAAUCCAUCAAAUAUGUACACAUCUCAGACGAAUUAUAUUAUAAAUAGUAUUAAAGCGUAUAAAAACAAAAUAAUUCAAUCAAAAUCGAAUAUAUUUACUUAUUUAUUCGGGAAUAGUAUUAAAUAUUAUGUAAAUAUUAUUCAAGUAACAGCAAUAGUAUUAUUUAUAUGCAUAUAUAUAUGUGUAGCAUAUUUUUUAUUAAACAGUAAUGUAUACGUAUAAUAAAAUACAUAACUUAUUACACACUAUAGAAUAUAUAAUAUACACAUAAUUAUAUAAUAAAAUA